CUUUUAUACCCCCCAACCACCAUCGCAUUCAUCCACAGAGCUAUUACAGAGAUGCUUGUUUUCACAUCUAUGUAUUCCUUUUACCUCGCUUUCCGUACAAACAACCCAAAUUCCUAAAGAGGAGAUUUUUCUUAGCAACUGUCCUUUUUCUAUCAUACCUUGUAUGCUUUUCUUGAAGCCCUUAAUCUUAAUCUUAUCUACCCAGUUGAUAUUUUUGUAUGUUCUUCAAUACCCAUCUCGGAUUUGAGUUGGUCUCCAAAGCUGAAGGUGCAAAAUUAUGUAUUUGUUUGUGGAAUUCAGAGGCUGAAUGGGGUUUGAAACAAAAAGUAAUAAGAGGAACAAGGAGCAUUGCCAAUUGACUAAGGGUAAACACACCAAUUCGAAUUCGUUCCCCAAUACUACUGCCACCAUUUCUGCGAAUAGCAGCCUAAGGACGAGUCGGCGACGCAACCGCAAGAUGGCCAUGACGCCUGUUCAAAGGCUGUUUGAGACGUGCAAGGGGGUGUUCUCCUCCGGUGGACCUGGCAUUGUUCCUUCUCCAGAGAGUAUCGAUAAGCUACGGGUGAUUUUGGAUGACUUCAAGCCCGGAGAUGUUGGCCUAACUCCCAAUAUGCCAUAUUUUAGUCCAACCAUCGGGCGGAGAACCCCAGCAAUUACUUAUUUGCACCUCUAUGAAUGUGACCAAUUUUCGAUUGGGAUCUUCUGCUUGCCGCCAUCAGGUGUCCUGCCUCUCCAUAAUCACCCCGGAAUGACGGUUUUCAGUAAGCUUCUUUUUGGGACAUUGCACAUCAAGUCGUAUGAUUGGGUGGCUGAUGCACCUUGUGUACCAGCUAUGACGAACUCUGAAGGAAAGCAACCUGAUUUCCGUUUGGCUAAGCUGAAGGUUGACUCUGACUUCACUGCUCCUUGCAACACCUCGAUCCUUUAUCCUUCUGAUGGGGGCAACCUUCAUUGCUUCACCGCAGUGACACAGUGUGCAGUGCUUGAUGUUCUUGGUCCUCCAUACUCCGAUCCUGACGGACGACACUGCAUGUACUACUACGAUUUCCCUUAUACCAAGUUCUCAGUUAACGGGCUCUCAGUGCCUGAAGAGGAGGAGGAAGGUUAUGCGUGGCUUCAAGAGAGGGAGAAACCUGAGGAUUUAGCUGUAGUUGGAGCACUGUACAGAGGACCACCGAUUGUGGAAAAAUGAGCUCAACCAUCUCCGCCAUCCUCGCCAUACCACCACCGCUGAACAUACACCAUACUUUCAGUGGCACGCGAAGCAGUGGAAGCUUUUCUUUUUUUUGUUUCAUGUUUAUGUUGGUGCGUUCUUUCUUCUUUGGGAACACAGGCAUUCGUUUGGUGACUUUGUUUAGAAAAAAUAUAGUGUGUCUGUACAUAGGAGGAAACAGAACCAAAGUGUUCUAGAAACAUUGAAAAGGGGACUUCAAUUAGUUCAAUGAGAAAGUGCUACAAAGUGUAACUUUUUUUUUGU